CCGGCCUCCAGAAACCCUGACCGGUUCACCCUCGCCGCCGCGCUCCAUCCUGCUGCCCCCUUUUAUACGCGUGGCCCGUGCGGCCGGGCCGAUCCAUGCCUCGCUGCCUCCGGUCUCACGGCUGACGGCUUCCUCGAGCGUUCCAUCCCAUCCCCCGAAUCCCACUUCGGCUUCCCUUUAAAACCGCGCCCCGCCGCUGCGCCGUCCGUCCGCGCGUAGCCAUCGCAUCAUCGAUCGCCGGGGUGGAAGCGGAAUCCAUCGAUCGAGCGUCAGGAUGGUGGCCGGGUUCCGCCGCACGAUCUCCUUCCCGGCGCCCAAGUCCCCCACGCCGCCCGCGGGGGCCAGCGCCGCCGCCAGCGGCAAGUCCGCGGCGUACCGCGCCCGGUCCGCGAGCCUGCCGUGCCGGUUCCACCCGCUGGUGCUCCAGCUCGACGACGACGUCGCCGACCUGCGGGCGCUGGUGGCCCGCCUGGCGUCGCGGGCCUCCGCGGAGGCCGUGGCCGAGGGCGCGGAGCGGCUCGGGCGGGUGCUCGUCUCGCUCUCCGACCUGCUGCACCACCCGCAGGCGCAGGAUCCGCUGCGCCGCCUCGCCCGCUCCCCGCUCGCCGAGCGGCUGCUGGACGACUUCCUCCGCCUCGCCGACGCGCACGGCAGCUUCCGCGCCGCGCUCGUCGCGCUCGCCGCACUCCAGGCCGAGGCCCGCGCCGCGUUGCGCCGGGAGGAGCCCGCCCGCCUCGCGUCGGCGGCGCGCGCGCUGCGGCGGUCCGGCCGCGACCUCCCGCGGAUCGCCUCCGCGGCGCGCGCCGUGGCCGCCAAGGCGCCGCCCCCCGCGCCCGCCGACCUCCCCGCCGACGCCGCGGCCAUCGCGGCCGCCGUCGUCGACGCGGCCGCCGCCGUCGCCUCGGCCUCCGCCGCGGUCUUCUCCGGCGUGUCCUGCCUCUCCGUCGCCGCCGCCACGGCGCGCGUCGAGGUCGAGGCCCCGCCGUGCUGGAUGCCCUCGCCCGCCAGGUUCGGCGGCGGCACGCCGUCCGCCACGCCCAGGCACGUGGUCGUCACCACCAGGCCGGCCUCCCCCAUGCCGCGCAUUUGGUGGGUCGCCGACCUCAUGCGGUGGAUGUCGCGCGCCAAACGCCGGUCCGCCAACAGGCAGCAGCACGCCGAUGAUGGCCGCGGCGCCGCGGCCGAGGCGCGGUCCCAGCUGGACGCCGCCGUGGACCCGGAUGAGCUGGAGCGGAAGACGGCGUUCGAGCGGCUCGACAACCUGGGACGGUGCAUCGCGGACGUGGAGAGCAGCGGCGAGAAGGUGUUCAGAGCCCUCGUCAACACCAGAGUCUCCCUCCUCAACAUCCUCAGCCCAGCCUUCUGAUUUCCCGAACAAACCAUCGGAACCCAGCAAACUCGAUCAAAUUUUGCGAGACCUUUGGAUGGGAUCUGUACAUAGAAAUGUGGUUUAUGAAAUAUAGCAAUGCUACGUUUUAGGGCGCUCCAUUUUCUGUGUAAUCAUAGAAUUCAGAGUUGGAGCGAGGGCACUAGUUGCUGAAAGAUAGAUACUUAAGAAAUUUGUCAAGUGUCACUCUCUGUUUAUGAGCUUGCAUUUUCAUGUAAGUUGUGCCGGUUUCUCUCA